GGAGUACUUGCCGAAAUCGUUAUUCGCAAACAACACAAUGUCAAUCAUUAUCCUGGACGUAUCGCCGUCGAUGGCAGAUCGGCGCUGCUCAUGAGCUUUUGACCGUCAAUAAUGCAACAAUCUCGUCAAUCAAAGCGGCCGACGCCUGGCCGGCAGCAUCGACACAGAUGCAGAGGAUCUUGAUCGAGAUUCGUCGAGUAGAAGGCACGAAUUUUCCACGAUAAAUACGGUUCACACCCCGUGUAGCCUCGAAUAUGGCUCGCGAGCCAUCAUCACCUUCAAGGCCUUGCUCGGUCGUCCUCCACAAUGAUCGAGUCUCCUCAUGUGAAGUGCUUUGCGGCACCGCACUGAUGCAAGUCGGAGAGUUGGCUCAUCUCUCUGUCGCCGGGAUCAAGACAAUUUUGAUUGUGCCUACCGGCCGAGCAGAGAACUCCGAUGAGGUUUCUUUGCACGUGAAUGUUGCGGAACGAUACGGUUUCGGCAAUCGCGUUCGUGGCACGAUACAAUUAGUGACAGAUGCAGAUGAUGCGACAGCUACCCAUGUCGAAUUGCUCUUCCGAGAUCAGCAUCUCACUCGCGCAGAUAUGUGGCAAUUGAUGGGAUGCCUCACACGAACGGUCAUCUAUCGCGGCCAGACUGUCAAUCCUCUUGGAACGGGCAGUGCUGAGGUCAUUCAUAUCUAUCACAAGGGACAAGAAGUCGAUUCUGCCUACGUCUCACAUCCACAAACAAAGCCGAUCUUUCGAAGCGGAAGUGCGCGAUUCACUCUGCUCAUUGAAGUUUCUAAGGAAAUGCUUGAAAAUUGGAGCAACGGAGAAUUGAUGCAUGAGAGGCUCGUCAACGGCUUUCUCGACGAGCUUUUCGGUCGCUGGCAGCAUUUCAAGGUCAAGCAUCAAAUAUCUAUAGUUUUGUUUGGACGUACAGUCAAAGACCCCAAAGAUCCGCUCCGGAGUGAAUCCGCCGAGGACUCUUCCAGCGAUUUCUACCAUGUUUUAAUUUCAGAAACUUCGAGCGAUUCGUGGAGGAAAAUCGCACGCAAGCUUCGCCGAGCCUUCCAUAGAGACAGUUUCCCACAAUCCCUUUCUCUUGCUGCGGAGAGCAAUAUGCUCGAAGCCAUCAAUCUGGCAGCCAUGGACUUUUCCGAUGAGCGAACUGACACACACCUUGGAAGUACGGGCACUUCCAUCAUCGCUGUCACCGCUGGUGCAGGGCUGUUCGAGACAAAGCAUGCAAUCUUGAAGAACACGACAGAACUUCUAAUUGGAAACAGCGUCGGUGUGGACAUUGUUGCGCUUUCUCCUAAGCCAACCCACCCAGUGCCCUUGUUCAAGUACAGUAAUCAGGGUGUAGACGAGUACGCUCUCCCGCAUUGGGUCGACAUCUCAUUCUGGAAGGGUCCAAAUGAUCUCUCAACGUCAUCAUGGGAGGCCGACGAUUUCUAUCGUCCUUCCAAUCGGAUUGCUUUGCCUUUGUUACAGCAAGUAAUGGGGCGCGACGCGCCAUCGGACGCCAUGGAAAACCACGACGAUCAAAUAUUCCAGAAAGAAGCUCCCGUAAUUGUUCUUCAGAAUCCUAUACGUCACAUGGCCUCCAAUCAAGUCGUCUCAAGCUCUCUCGACACUGUGAAAGAUGAAAAGUUUGCGCCUAUAAUACCAAGACAUUUGAAGACCCCCGGAAGGAUCAGACAGUCUAGCAUAUCUACCCGCAGUAGAUCUUCGAGCAACGUCUCCUCACCCUCACAGCUAAUCAAAGAUCCGCUCAUAAGAGCUAUGAGGGAGAAGGUGCCUCUGCGCCCCCUCUUAUCAACGAAUCGUAAGAUCAGCGUGGGCCCAAGAGGUUUGGCGGUCUCGAGAGGCGCUGCGAGUACCGUUCUGAGCACUGAUCAUGUGCAACAUGAGAAGGAAGCCAGUACAAUUUCUCAACCUGUCUCGAUUGAACCAUCAGGGAUUGCUAAACAGAUCAGAGCUACACUUGCUCGGAAACCGUCUAGCAUGAGCCUCGCUUCGCACAAACUGAGUGACCCAGAUCACAGCACUACCUCAAGACCUAUAGACAUCGUUGUAAAUCAAGAAACCAGUUCUACCGAGUCGUUGGACGCGGCUUCUGAGUUCCGCAAAGGCAUGGCGAAGACUACGCUUGAGGCUACGAUGGAAGAUGGCUCCUCCCCAGCGACAACGCUCAAAGCUGCAACACUGCUGGGUUCAGAUCGAGAUUCUGUCAGCGAAGCUCUUGACAUGCUUUCUCCCUGGGUGGUCUUGCUUAACCCUUGUAACCCACGAAGAGACAACAUGCGCGUCGCCAGUCAAUAUCGAAAGUGGCAACAUAUUUUCCCUCGAGAAAUUAGCUCUGGGGCCUUUAAAUGGUCUUCGAUGUGCUUGCCAGGUGCCUUGCCGCUUACGGCGGAGUAUUGCCCUUCUUCAGCUGAAUUGGACAGCCACUAUGAGAAGGCUUUCCGUCGACAUAUCGUCUCGGAUGAUGGCGCACGCAAUCUCCUCGAGCGACUCAUCGAUGCUCGGCUGAUUCAUGGGUUCCAAAUCGUCUCUAUCACGAAUAGCGGGAGCGAUCGCACAUUUCAGAGUCAAGACCGACCCAUCUUGCUAGUCUUGGGUAGAGUAUAUCAUGAACUGCAACGACUCUCUGACGUCGAGAUACAGGUCGUCGAAUACGAGCCUCGUACGCCGGUCGGUGGGCUCGGCUUUGAAGUCGAGCGUGAACAAGCAGUGUAUCGACCAGUCAUACGACUCCCGAGCGGGCUGGUGUGCAAGCCAACUAUCGUGCCGCGGUCAUCCCUUCCUUCCGACGAUUGGGCGCUGUUAGACGGACAUGUUCUUGGAUCUUCUCAACUUACGUUGACGAGCGCUACCUCAAAAAUCCGUUUGGUACUGAUACCUGCCGAUCUCCCUCGUCAUGAAUAUGGUGCUUCCAAUACAACGCGAGAGCUGUCUGAAGACGAACGGCGUAUUGAGGGGAUCCAGCGACUGACUCAAAUCUGGCAAAGGCAGCGUCACUUCUCCGAUGAGGAUCGUCAACAUCAAGUCUCGCUCGCGAGAAUGGACAACAAAGCCUUGGGCGAUAGAGAUCCGAAUCCACUGGCUAUUGAGUAUCACACGCGUGAUCCCAGUGCUGUGGUCAAUGCAUAUGGUCCUAUUUUGUCCAGUCAUAUUGAGGAAGGCGAAGUUCUAACCCCUCUUUUCGCCGAGUCGGAGAGACAUCACAGCAGCAAUUUUGAUGUGACCAAGUUAGUCAAGCAAAUGCAAGAAGAGCCACCGUACGGUGUAGAGAUGCGCGAUCGUCGAUGGCUCGCGGUGAACCACGUCAAAUGUUUCCGCGGCGAUGAGAUGACAACCUGGCUGCUCGGCGUUUUCAAAGAUCUCAAAGAUCGCGAGGAAGCCGUCGCGGUAGGCAACGAGCUCAUGAAGCGCGAAAUCUUUGCUCACGUGCGUCAAAAGCAUGACUUUCGUGAUGGACACUAUUUCUACCAGAUCACCAGCGCAUUUCGCACGACCGAUUAUCCGGACACGAGAAGCGUGUUCAGCAAAGCUGCAUGGCGAUCAAUCCCUUCUACACCAGGGAUAGAGUCGAUCACAUCUCCAUUCAUACGACCGGUCUCCGUAGAUCCAGGAGCUCAAGCAAAACUUACACCUCAGCUUGGGACGGGAGAUAGGAAGGAUCUCUUGCUCAGCCAGGUCUUGCAAUACAACGUUGAUCCUAAUCAUAAAUCCGAACAUGCACAAAUUAUCGACUUGCAUUACGACCGUAUUCACAACCCGGACAAUUGCUAUCAUAUCCAAUUGGAAUGGCUUGGUGCAUCAACCAAAUUCGUGCAAGUCGCAGUCACUCGUUGGGCAUCUCUGGUGGAAGGCUACGGGUUGAAGCUCGCACAAUUGCCCCUCGAAGAAGCCUCUAAGUGUCACCUUAAUCAUCCAUUUGAUCAACCUCAACAUAUCCGGCUCGCAGUCCGUCCGCCGGAGAGAGGUCUGGCGACACCUCUUCUCGAACCGCAAAGCAUCGGCUCGCGUACUAUCGAGAGUCACAAUGCCUACUACAAGGCGAUCCUCCGCCAGAAUGAUUUCGUCCUCGAUCUCGAAGCCGCCUCGGCCUUCUCCACCAAAUUGCCCUUGCGCUACUCCUGGGGUCCGCUCCGCUACGUCCACACCCAAUUCAUCCACCGAUCCAGUCUCGUCCUCGCACAGAUCUACGUCCCCCACGAGGACAGCGAAAACCAAUCCAUCGACGAAAGCGACAACAACGCCGUCAGCAUCCUUGUCCUCCCCAACCUUACAGCAACACGAAAAUCCGGCAUCGCAAACACUACCACCAACACUCCUGCCGGCAUCUCAAACACCCCAUCGGAAUCCGCCGAAGAAAUCAUCCGCCGGCUCCGCGAAUUCUGCGCCGAUGAAAAGGCACUGCGCGCGGUAUACCAGGAGGCUUCGGAGCGCAGGAGACGGCCGCUGCAGAGCAGCCCGUCAAUGAACACGGUAUUGGCGACGGAUUUGGAUAUCCCGCCUAUGUCGCUGCCGCCUCAUUUGACGCAUCGGACGGGGUUGCGAUAUAUCGGGUAGAGAGACAUUGUACAUAAUAGAAAACCAAUUUCUGAUAUGAAAGGCGUUGGUGGACAAUCAUUUUGAUGAGCAGCAAAUUUAUGUGCAUUUUAGAACAUAUAGUGUAAAUUUGCUAUCUAUUGUAGCAUAUUACUCGACAUUUAACUCCGGGUUUUGGCCGGAUUUGGAGCUUGCGGAGCUUUGAAAGCACAAUAUGACGC